AUGGCAGUUGCAAGCGUAGUCACCCACCCUGGCAAGACCAGCCUGGAUUACUACAGGAAUGACAGCGCGGUGCUGUCCCUGUAUGGAAACCUGGUGAACAACACAGACUUCAUGUGUGACAAGAGGCAGGUCAGGCAGUUUGCUCAAGCCUUCCUGCCCGUGUUUUUCUGGCUCAUCUUCUCUGUGGGGACGGUGGGAAACGCCUUGGUCGUGCUCGUCUAUUGCAAAUACCGCUUCAGGAGGAGCACGAUGGAUCGGUACCUGCUGCACCUGGCCAUUGCAGACCUGCUCCUCCUCUUCACCCUCCCCUUCUGGGCCAAAGCUGCCUCCGAUGGCUGGAUCUUCAAGAACUUCAUGUGCAAAGUUGUCAACAGUAUGUAUAAGAUCAACUUCUAUGGCUGCAGCUUGUUUCUAACCUGCAUCAGCUUUGACAGGUACAUCACUGUUGUCCAGGCGACAAAAGCUAAAACUUCUAAGCGAAGGCGGCUCCUGCGCAGCAAAUUUAUGUGCUUGGCUGUCUGGCUGACGUCCGUGAGCCUGUGCAUCCCAGAAAUCAUGUACAGCCAAAGCAUGCAGGCGGGUGACAUAACAGUUUGCAAAAUUAUGUACCCGCCAAACGUCAGCAUGAUCUUCAGAGUUACUGUCCUGGCCUUGAAAGUCACAGUUGGAUUCUUCUUCCCGCUCCUUGUCAUGGUUAUUUGUUAUGCCCUUAUUAUCAACACCCUUCUGCAAGCCAAAAGAUCCCAAAAGCAGAAGUCACUGAAGAUCAUCACCAUGAUCAUCACUGCUUUCCUCCUCUCUCAGUUCCCGUACAAUAUUGUUUUGCUGGUCAAAGCCAUCAACACCUACACCGGGGUGGUGUACAGCUGUCAGGCUGCGGACCAGCUAGACAUUGGGCUGCAGGUCACCCAGAGCAUCGCCUUCCUCCACAGCUGCCUCAACCCCUUCCUCUAUGUCUUUGCUGGUGAGCGGUUCAGGACAGCGCUGGGCAGGAUGAUGCAAAGCAGUGGCUGCUGCCGGAGCAGGGGCCAAGAGCAGUGCUCCUCUGCCUGCGACAGCCAGGAGCACAGCUCAAACUGGUCCUUCGCCAUGCUGGGGAGGCGGCGGGUGAGGAGCUCCCUGACCCUCAGCACCCACUUGACCUCCUCUGUUAUGCCCCCUUCUUGCCAAGUCCUCUUGUAA